CACCUCUUCUCCUUUUGAAAACCUUCCACGUGAUAUUCUGACUAUAUCUCUUUUGCAGUCUAGUAACCAUUACGACACCACACACACUCACACAUAUCCCCUCCCCAUUUUAUCAUCCUUAAUUCUACAUCUCAAUUUCUUUUCAUCGAAUACAUUGAUUUCGCCAUGAAAUCAACCUCACUCAACAACUUCAUCCUCAUCAUCCUCACCUUCUACACUCCAAACACAUCAUCAUCACCUCUCAAUUCCACUUCCACACCUCAAAACGACGCCGUAUCAUUAUUAUCCUUCAAAUCCACAGCAGAUCUCAACAACAACCUCCCCUACUCCAUCAACAAAACCUCCAACGUCUGCAACUGGACCGGAGUACAAUGCGGGAGCAACCGCAAGGUGAGUCGACUCGUUCUCGAAAACUUAAACCUCUCCGGUACGUUCGCUUCAAACACAUUGACUCAGUUGGAUCAGUUACGAGUCCUGAGUUUACGAAACAACUCGCUCACAGGUCCGAUUCCAAAUCUAGCUGGUCUCGUUAACUUAAAAGUAUUAUAUCUGGAUCAUAACUAUUUCACUGGUCAGAUUCCGGUAUCUAUAUCCUACAUUCACCGGCUCCGGACGCUAGAUCUUUCGUAUAACAAGUUAACCGGUGAAAUUCCGGUUCAGUUGAGUGAUCUAGACCGGUUAAACUACCUUCGACUCGAUUCGAACCGUUUCAACGGCUCUAUUCCGCCUUUUAAUCAAUCAUCACUCGAAGUUUUCAACGUUUCGGUUAAUUUUCUAACCGGAAGUGUCCCGACAACACCUACUCUGUUGAAAUUUGGUCCGGAUUUGUUUUCGAUUAACCCUCACCUUUGUGGUGAGGUUGUCCGUACGAAAUGUAGUACGCAGAAGGCGUAUUUUAGCGGAAACACUACGAAGCAACAACAGUCUUCUUCGUCGUCUCCUGAGAGUUUUGCAGCAUCCAAAUCUAGUAAACACAAACGCAUUGCAUUGAUAAUUGGCGUAUCGGCCAGUUUUCUAGUAUUUAUUACAACUAUUUUAUGCGUAACGUUGUUGAUCAAGACGUCGGAAGAGAGGAGACGAAAGGAGGUUGUGACGGCGCGUGAGAUGAUGGAGCUGGCUGAAGCGGCGGAUGCUGCGGCGGAAGUGAUGAGGAUGCAGGAGGCGAAUGAGUUAGAAAAGAAGGUGAAGAAGUUGCAUCAAGGAAUGGAGAUGAGAAAGAGUGGGAAUCUGGUGUUUUACGCUGGUGAAUCGGAGGUUUAUACGGUGGAGCAGUUGAUGAGGGCAUCGGCGGAGUUGUUGGGUGGUGGAACGGUGGGGACGACGUAUAAAGCGCUGGUGGAUAACCGUGUGGUGGUUUGUGUGAAGAGGCUUGACAGCUCGAGGUUAAGCGGAAUGACGAGUGAGGUGUUUGCGCGACGUAUGGAGGUUUUGGGCGGCGUUCGCCACCCGAAUGUGGUGGUGCUCCGAGCUUAUUUUCAGACGGAAGAGGAGAAGCUGCUUGUUUACGAUUACCAGCCGAACGGCAGUUUGUUCUCCCUAGUUCACGGUUCCAAAUCGACGACGGCGAAGCCACUACACUGGACAUCAUGCCUAAAAAUCGCCGAAGACGUAGCGCAGGGACUCUGGUACCUCCACGAAACGUGCAACCUCGUUCACGGCAACCUUAAAUCAUCCAACAUCCUCCUAGGGUCCGAUUUUGAAGCACGCCUCUCCGACUACUGCCUCUCCGCCUUAUUCCACCACGUCCCAGACUCCAACAACCACGGCUCCACCGCUUAUAACCCACCAGAAACUGAAAAACUCGACGAACCAACCGCAAAGUCUGAUGUUUACUCAUUUGGGAUUGUAAUGCUUGAACUGCUAACCGGGAAGAGUGCAUCGGAGCAUCCGGAAUUGACUGCAGGCGACGUGGUGAGGUGGGUGAAGUCGAGUAGAGGCGAAGGGGUGAAAAUGGAGGAGAAGCGGCUGGAAAUGAUGGCGGAGGUGGCUGUGGCGUGUCGGGUGAGGUCGCCGGAGAUGAGACCCACCAUGUGGCAGGUGAUCAAGAUGUUGCAAGAGAUCAAGGAAGCUGCUGUAAUGGAGGAUUGUGGGUUGGAGUUGUGAGUUAAAUUGGGACCUCUCAGAAGAGUGAUGAGUGGCAAUGUGGCAUGAAUCUCUUGGGUUUUCUGUGUUGGUUUUGUAAACUUGUUGUAACUUGAAUUAUAGUUGCAUUUGUUAAUUACUUGGGUCGUAUAAUACAUAGUAACAUAAUUAAAAAAAUGUUGAUUUUGUUGUAAGCUAGGUUUGUAAACUUUUUAUUUCUCAUAAAAGUUACAUAAGGGAAUCAUUUGUAAUGGCCAAAUAUUCGAAGGUCGUUUUGUUAA